AUGGAGAGCAGAGCUGCUACGACGCGGCGGUUAGGAUGCAAGGACGGUUGGUCGGAGAUCACAGUGAUUGGAAGCUUCAUACGAGACUUUGGAUUGAGGUGGAAGAAGGCUGAAACAGAUUUUUUUGUUGGUGAUUUUCUGUGCUUAUUGAACAAAGAUUUCGAGGUUUUUGUAUAUGACCUUUUGGGCCAGUUUUGGACAGCAAAGAUAUGGACAAUACAACAUAUUUAUGCAGAGGAAAACAGAGCAGCAACAACAGGCUUAGCAGUUUUUUUUAGAGUUAGCAUUUGGAUUGGUAUAGCAGGGUUUUAUGGGCAGCAAGAUAGCAGUUUUGACAGGUCUUGUUGCAACUUUAAUCAAGGUUUUGAAACUGUUUGUGUUUUGAAUAUAAGGCUGCCAUGA